UUGUGCAAUGCAGAAACGGAGCAUAGUUGCAUGAAUUUAUGCACAUGUCCAUUAUUUGUUAUGGUGUACAUGUUCAAAAGUUUGGGGAAUUUUUUGAAGCGUGGAAUUUCAUCUACACAUAAUGGGUGUAGAUAAACAUAAGUUCACAAAUGAAUUUCACAGAAAAGAACAUGCAUGAAACCUAAACGAGCACCUAUUUGUGAACACAAAAAAGAUAAAACUUCUCUACCCAAUCCAAAUGUUAACAAAAAUCUGACGUACGAAGAGAUUAGAUGGAGAAUAUUUCUCUUAUUCUUUUUGUCCUCUAAACAAACUUGUCUUAUUAAUGAACAUGUUAAGCAUGCAAAGUGCAAUGAAGAAACUAAUGUAUACCUUGGUUGAUCUGCGAAGAUGAAAAACAAACACGAGUUGUUUACAAAUAAGUUGAAUAAAGACUUAAAAGGUUUUUUUUUCCUGAAAGAAUAGCCCAUUACAAGUAAGCACAUAGUACAGUUAGUCUGAAAAGGACCGAGCUAUAAAGUUCAUUUUUUUUUUGGUUAUAUUAAACAGCGCUGCGAGAUCAGCAUGCCCUUUGUUAAUUUGUUCUGGUUGUCCAAUCCAGUGCAGGUUAAGAAGAUAAUUAGUAUGGUUUUACAAAUAAGUAAAACAACUGGCAGCAUAUGAUUAUUCAUGCGUGUUACACAGCUGCAGCAGUCGUAAAAAAUAAUUUCUAGAUUAGACAUUCUGGUGUAGGGGUACCUAAGUUGUUAUGGUGGAGUUAAGUAUCCAAACUUUGCUGGUGAAUAUGCGACAAAAGUAGAUCCAAUAAUUCUUGCCUCUAAAGGCAAGGAUAUUGCUAGUUUCUUAACAAUAUGUUGAGUUGGUUGUCAUGAUGCUUUAAGCAACCAAGUUGAAUACUGUCAUUUGCUUUCUACCGGGGGCACUAGUUGUGACAAUCAUUUCCAUGAUACACGCCUUGUCGUUAUCUAUUACUCCCUCUUGUUUCUUUUAGAUAGUCGCUUAGGGCAUAUAAAGUGUCUAAUGCGCGCAUUUGGUUAUUAAUUGUAUGGUAGCAAAAGUUCUUUAGAAUGUAAGAAGUUGUGGUAUUAUCGAUGUUCUUAAAUCUACUAAUAUAAUUCAAAUGUGACAAAUCCAAAUAUUUUUAUGUAUAUUAGUGGUUAAAGUAUUGUAAGGUUGGCUGCACGUAUUUUAGGAUGACAAGUAUUUUGGAUUGGAGAUGUAGCUUGCUUUUAAUUUAAAAAUCAGAAGUCAAGCAUGAGUUCAUAAAAGGAGCAAGGUUGCUGUGCAGAUUUUGAUUACAUGAAAUGUUUGAGUCAUUUUUGGACUUUGAAAUAUGUUCAACCAUACUUGUUUCAAACUUUGCAUUCGGUUUAUUCGUGGAAGUGUGGAAAACACCCAAUUCAUGUGGUUUUUGAAAGUAAAACAAAUGUCUAAUUGUUCCGCAAGAAGUCGAAGAGUUGUCUCAAAACAGCUCUGCAACAUCUGUACAUGCAUGCAUGUUCCGGAUUUAUCAGCUCAAGUUCAAAGAACACUGACUCUGUUUUCCAAACUAGGAAAGUACGAACUCCGGACAGGAAAUCUCCAAAUUACCGGUCGUUCAUCGGACUAAUUGACACGAGAAUUGAUCUGGACAAGAAUAUCAAGACAGUGGAUAGCAAUUACCAUGCAGCUCUGGGUAUCAUGGCCGCAAAAGUAGCCUACGAGAACGAGCUCGUCAUCAAAAGCGUUGUCGAAAACCAUUGGCAGAUGACAUUCUUGGAGUUCUUCAACUGUUGGAAUGAAUUCAGGGGCGAUUACACCACCCAGGCCUUCAUGCUCGCGGACAAGGCGGCGGAUGCGGACCUCGCCGUGAUCGCGUUCCGCGGCACGCAGCCGUUCGACGCGGAGCAGUGGUGCACGGACGUGGACUUCUCGUGGUACGAGAUCCCCGGGGUGGGCAAGGUCCACGGCGGCUUCAUGAGGGCGCUCGGGCUGCAGAAGAACACCGGGUGGCCGGCGGAGGCCACCGAGCACGAGCGGGCGCCGGGCGCCGGGGCCGGGAGCGAGACGCGGCGGUUCGCGUACUACGCCAUACGCGAUAAUCUGCGUGCGUUCCUGGCCGCGAACCCGCGCGCCAGGUUCGUCGUGACGGGCCACAGCCUCGGUGGCGCCCUGGCCGUGCUGUUCCCGACCGUGCUGGCGCUGCACACCGAGGACGCGCUGCUAAGCCGGCUGGCGGGCGUGUACACGUACGGGCAGCCCCGUGUCGGCGACUCCCAGCUCGGGAAAUUCAUGGCGGGGUACCUGGACAAGCCGAGGCGGUACUUCCGGUUCGUGUACUGCAACGACGUCGUGCCGAGGGUGCCGUACGACGACGCCGCUCUCCUGUUCAAGCACUUCGGGCGGUGCCUCUACUUCGACAGCCUCUACAGGGUGCGGGCGAUGGCGGAAGAGCCGAACAAGAACUACUUCUCGCCGCUGUUCGUGGUGCCCAAGUACGCGAACGCGGCGUGGGAGCUCGUCCGGGGCCUCCUCAUCGGGUACGUGGACGGGCCGGAGUACGCAGAAGGGUGGGUGAUGAGGGCCGCCAGGGCCGUCGGGCUCUUGCUCCCCGGCCUGCCGCCGCACUCGCCGCAGGACUACGUGAACGCCACCAGGCUCGGCGCCGCUUCGCUUGAGCUGAUACUCCGUAACCAAUAGCUAGCUCCCUAGUCGGUCAAUCAGCGCCUGUGAAAAAUUCGUGGAAAAUACACGAGCAGAAUUGCUUGUACGAAAGGAAAACGUCAGCUUAAUUAAUCUCAGGUACAUGCAUCGAUCAAAACGAGUGUUAUCAAUGUCGUGCCGUGGGUCCUUGGAUCGUUGACGCCUCUGUUA